AUGGAUAUUUUCUCUACUAACUCAAUAAACACCAAUGAAAUUCAAAAAAUUGAAGUAAUAUCAGAAAACUUCAAUUUAUCCAUGAUAAAUAAGAGUAUAUUAAGCUCUUUAAGGAUUCUCAUUAUCCAAAAAUCGGUUUCUUCCUUACAAGUUCCUACAAAUUUCUUAUCAGGAACAGGAAUUGAAAAUGUAUCAAUUCCAGGCGUUAAAAUUAUUGGAUGGGAAGCUUUUGCUCAAUGUUAUAACCUCACUGAAGUUCAUUUUCCAGAUGUGACUGAUAUUUUGAUCAGAUCUUUUUAUUAUUGCCAAAGUAUAGUAACAUUUGAUGCUCCAAACUUGAAAUCAGUUAACUACAGUUCAUUUGGUAAUUGUUUCAAUCUCACAAACAUAAAUCUUGAAAAUAUAGAAACAAUUGGCUCAUCUGGAUUCUCUGGAUGCAAAUCGUUCGUGGAUAUAUCUCUUCCUAACUGUGUAACUAUAAAGAAUUACGCCUUCUAUCAAUGCUCCAACUUAAAAUCUUUAGUUGGAAAUAAAUUGGUAAAUUUAGAUGAAAAUGCAUUCCAAAAUGGUAACAUUGAAUCAUUUACUGCUCCAAAUGUAAGAUCCAUUCCAGAUAACUGUUUCUACCAAUGCCGAAAUUUGAAAGAAAUAAAUAUCGCAAAAGUUGAAAAGAUUGGAGCUUUUGCCUUUACAGAUUCAUUAAUUGAGAGUUUAUAUUUACAAUGCUUCAAAACUCAAAUCAAUUAA